UUAUAAACUGGAGUAUUGGGCACUGUACAUUUAAGGGUAAGGACCAAAAGGUAAGCAGCUUGAAGCCCAAAUCCUCAAAAAGGGAGAACUACUGUAGAAGUGAGAAAUGGCUGCGUGGAAGUUUUACAAGGCCAGAGUUUUGCAGUAGGGCGCGUGAUUAUCUGCAGUAUCCACCUUAUCCGCCAAAGCUUAGCAGUGAUGACCUCUCUUUCAGGGUGGCUGGCAACCCCCUCCGCCACCACCUCCGCCGCGUUUAAGACAUUUUGUCUACUUCCGGCGCCUGGGAAGGCCACAACAAACUAUUUGAGUUUCCGCGGGAAGGACUACGAGAAGCUCAUAGCUAAAGCCCACGGGAGAUCUGUGAACUCUCAGCGCCAUUUGUCUAGCAAGAAGGAAGACGGUAAGAAUGUCCGGUGUACGGCGGCCGCGGAGCAGAAGUCGACGCUCGAGGGGUCGAUAUUGGAGUCGCUUUCCAACGGCAAGUUCAGGAUCCGAUUAGAAAACGAGGAUGUGAUUAUCGGUUACAUUUCCGGAAAAAUCCGGAAAAAUUUUAUCCGUUUAUUGCCUGGAGACAGAGUAAGGGUUGAAGUUAGUCGAUACGAUUCGAGCCAAGGACGGAUAAUCUUCAGGCUCCGUGGUAAAGAUCCGAAUUAGGAAUAGUUACCGGCGAUGGAGUUUUCUGUUUGUAUCAGUAUGCUUUGCUAAUUUUGGAAGAAGGACGAUCUAUUAGAGAUGGUGUACUUAUUCGAUUCAAACUGUUGAAGCAAAACAUUUUGUACAAAUUAUUCUCCUUUCUCUUUUCAUUGACAAUGCUAAAUGUGAGGAAAUAUUAUUCAAGUUAUUGUCCAACUUCAAAAGUGAUACUCAAAAGUCAAAACUAUUGUUCAAAUAGCCCAAAUGCUCUGGUUGUGGGAACUAAAUCCUUGACCAGCCUUUGCUUGUAAAAACUAUGGGAGUAAACACUGAAAUGCCUUCCAUGGAUAUGUAUUAUCUAUUUAUUCAUUUGCAGUAGGCUGUUGCUACAUAUUCUCCCAUGUGCUUCUGUCUUUUGGAACAAACAAAUAUAUCAGGAUGUCUGGAUGGAUGAAGAAGAAACCAGGUACAUCAUCAAGCAAAGGUAAGAAAAGAAAACACACUGCCUGUACCAGGAAGCUUACCGAUGAUAAGAUUCAAAACACAAAAGUAUACCCAUGACAGAGACUUGAAGUUACUAGCUUUAGCUUUGUUGGUUAAAUAUGACUUCCUAUCAAAUGCCCCACCUACCAACUCUUAAAAAGAUAUUCAAACUAUUGAUCAUUCAAUGGUAUAGCAUUGUUCACAUAGUUUUCUGCUGGAUAUAUAGGAUUGAAGGUUUUGAUUGUUUUGCUGUGCAUGAUUAAAUGUGGCAUGUUUGUAUGCCCCUUAGCCGUUGUUAACGUGCAAUGACAUUACACUGCAUGCCGAACCUUGGAAAAUUUACAAGUGUUCUUGAUAUCUACUCUGUAUGAGUCGGCAUGACAAUAAGACGAUUCAUUUUUCUAAAAACACCAACAAGAGUAGUAAUGCUAGGUACUAAGCAGAAAUCAUUAAGCUUCAAGCCUUGUUUUGCUGUGAAGCAGUGGUAGUAUAACAUGUUUUCCUGCUUACCUCUGGCAGGAAAUAAAGUAACCCAGUUUAUUCCCAUUCUCAUAUCUAUCAAUGUAAAUGCUGGGGUUUGACUCUCCGACAUUAGAACAUCCUUCUAUAAUUGUCCCUCCAUUUAAAUUUUAAACCGGUGGAGUGCUGGAUCCGAUUUUGGUUCACAAUUUACGGUUAUGUUCUGGGUAAAAAACUGAUCUGUUCCUGCUUCAGAAUCAGAAUUGUGGCUUGCCUUAUUUGGACCGGGUUUCUUUGCCUGUCAGGUUUUUUCAAGUUGUUUGAUUUCAUACCGAAAAAUAAAGAUUUUCUUACCCCCGUCAUGGACGCCUCACUUUGGUUGAUCGCCACUUUGACCCACAAUUGGAUUCAAGUUGUUCUUGGUGUACACAAAAAAUGUAUACUUCUUUGUACACUAGCCUGUGCCCUGUGUACAUAAACAAUAACAAUUGUCUUUUUUCUAAACAAGUUGUGUACAUAGACAACUAGGGGGUGUACACAAAACACCUAGUUUUUUACAUAGGUAAUUGAGAGCAUUCUAUGCACCGUGCAUGUUUUGGGUGACCAAGAGAGAGACUGAUUCCCAACCAGCCUGUUUGGAAAUGAUAAAUUUGUUUGGAAUGAUUAAGUUAUUCCGAGCCCGUUUGGGUGACCGGGAGAGAGACAGAUUCAAA